GUUCUUAAAAAGAUCAAAUCGCAAAAGCUUAGCUGUUAUUAAAGAAUGGGAAGUCAGCAGCAAUGUAAAGGAUCAAGACCAAGGAAAUAGUCAAAACUCAGAUCUAAAUGAGUCAAGAGUGGGCUUAAUCCAAAGGAGAAGAAAUACUAAGAGGUCUUAAUUAGUAACUUUGCAUCAAACUCAAGGUCUGAUAGAUACGCAGUUGAUGAAAAUAUUCCUAUAAAAGCUCUGAACCCCUCAUUGUACUCGGUAAGUAAUAAAAACAAUCAUUUUUAUUAAAAUUAUAAAGCUACUAUCCUUUCUCGAAAUCAUAAACAAUGUUUGUAGAAUAGUUUCAUGGUACCCAAACGGAGUACCUUGACUAAUCAGUUUCAAGAAUUUCGAACUAGAAACAAUAAAGCUCCUGGUCCGAUUCUUAAAUCUAUGCCUCGAGGGACAUUCAUGUCAAGAUUUAGUAACAUCCCUGAUGAGCUUGAACAAGAUAAUAAAAUUAGCAAAUAAGGAAAGAAUUAUGUCAUGCAUGAGAGAUUUUAUCGAGAAUAAAUACACAAACAUUAUAUUUAUAAUCCUCACUUUUGUUGCUCUCUACUUGGAUGACACUAGGAUAGGAUUCACCAAAAAAUCAGCAGAUGUAUAUAUAGACACUAUAAUGUUGUUCUGAUUCUUUGCUUUCUCAAUUGAAUUGGUAUUUACCUCUCUAACUAAACAAGACUACGUGUUCUCUUUCUUCUUCUGGCUUGACCUAGUUGCACUUUUCAGCAUUCUUUUUGACAUAUAUUAUCUCCUGGAUGCUCUGGAAGUCACAUUCCGAUUACCCACUGAUGCUACCAAUGUUGCCCGAGCUGGAAGAGCAGGCAGAGCUGGCACAAGAGUAGGACGGCUCUUAAAAAUAGUCCGAAUGAUAAGAGUAUUCCGAGUAGCCAAGCUCUAUAAGCAAACCAAAAGAGCUAUAGACGAAAAGCGUAAGAUUAUCUCUUCGAACAAGCCUGGAGACAAGAAGGUCCAUCCAGUUGAGCAAGCUAACAAAUUCAAAAUCCAAAACACGAGGAGGUUGAAAUAAGAGGAACAACAUCAUUAUCAGCAACGAAAUGAGGAAGAUGAGCUUCAUGAAGAAGAUCCAGGGGGUCAAACAACUUAUUAAUUUUGAGGAUUUUGAAUCGCUGUCUUCUGAAGACCCGCAUUUGGCCGAGAUGAAAAAUAUGCCUUUACGCAUGCGAACACAAAUUCAGUUAAUGGCCAAGAAAAAUCAGUUUAUAAAGAACAAUAUGAACAGAUCGCAGAAGUGGGAUAGUGAUGAAUCUGAGUCAGAAUCUUACAGCUUCUCCUCAUCAAGUGGAGAAGCUAAUUUUAAAUCUGUAAGCAAGAAUUCUCUGACAAACAUGAAUUCUCGGAAAUCACCUGAACAUUUUGCAUUAAGAAAAAUUUCGUUGAAAUAAAUCUCCAAAGAUGGCUCAUAAGAGGAGUCUCAGGAAGGCCAGGAAAGCAAAGUCUCUUAUCCAGUCUGAGGUGGAAUCUGAAGAGGAAAAAGAGAUUCUCCAGAUUUUCAAGAGUGGCACACUCCUUGAUAAAGGGCCAACUGAAUUCAAAAAUGAUUCAAAUUUAAAUAUUGACAUACUUCAAAGUUUGAAAGUUGUUCCCAAUGCGAUAAGAAAAUCAAAUAUAGUUGAAGCUGUAGAAUCUAGUUUACAAAAGAGUGUUAAGAGCAGCUCAAAAUCAAGCUUAAAAACAUCAAAAAUAUCUGAGAGAGAAAGUGGCAGCGAGGAUACUGAUAAAUCUUCUAGUGAAUUUGACAUUAACAAGUCCUUACAUACUAGUAAGGAUUAUUCAACCCAGAAGAAAGAAAGCUCUAGCCAAGGGAGUCUCUCGAGUCUCCUCCAGUCUAGAAAUAAUAUUCCAAGUACCAAAUUAGUCAAGAUAAAUGACAAACGAAAAACGAGUGCUAGCUCAAAAGAGAACAAGAAAUUUCAAAACAAAAAUGCUCACAAAAUCCUGUAUAUGGAUGAUAACUUCAGGAACUCAAGCCCUGAUAUAGAUGUAAUCAAAUAGAAGAGCUUCAGUUGUCAGCUCAGUCAUAAGUUUCUCCAGUAAAGCUACUGAAAAGAACCUCAAAGACCUAGAAACAAAAGAUGAAAUGAAAGAGUCCAAAGUUUCAAAGAAAUUCUCAGAACAAACCACCAAAAGAGUGGUGUUUCUAGUACUUUUGGUUGUAAUGUCUGAAUAUAUCUUUCAGCUAAACACUUAUGUAUCCUCUGUGAAAUCAUACGAAUAUGCUCUUGAUGCGAUCUCUAAAGUAGGAGCAUAUACAUCAACUACUUUCAUGAUUGAGGAAGUGCAAAAAUAUCAUGAGGAAUCUACUCCUUACCGAAUUCUUGAAUUUAGAUAUAAUAAUUCUAGAAAUCUGUCUCCAAAUGGUCAAUACCAGAGCAAUCAGAAAGGGCUAAACUUUGUUUCAAAUUUAGUUAAAACCCAUGUGAAAAGAGGACUAGAAUACACAGAGAGGGUGAUCUAUGACAACCCUUCAAAAUACAGAGAUCAAGAAUACGAGAUUAUAUCAGAGCAUAGUAUUCAAAUCUAUGUGUCAAUAAAAUAGCGAUCUUCAAUUUGAAGCUUACCUCUCAAUAUGUAAGACGACAUUCAUCCUCAUUGUCAUAAUGGUCAGCGCCCUCCUGAUCUCCAAGGAUGCCACUGCUCUCGUGUUACAGCCGUUAGAGUCAAUCAUGCUUAAAGUGAGUGAGAUGGCAGAGGAUCCGUUCCAGAUCCUUAAAUUCUCAGAAAUCGAAGCAGAGGUCAAGAAAGGGGACGCAAAAAGUAAAGUUAUGUAUGAAACAAUGAUACUUGACAGUGCCAUCACCAAGAUUGGCGCUCUCCUCCUCCUUGGCUUUGGAGAAGCAGGCACAUCCCUCCUUAGUGACAUGAUCGGUAAGGAAGGAGACAUUGAUUCUCAUGCUAAAGGGAACAAGACCGUUGGAAUCUUCGGAUUUUGAGACAUUAGACAGUUUACUGACACUACAGAAAUUUUACAAGAAGAGGUCAUGGUGUUUGUAAAUAAAAUUGCAGAGAUUGUUCACAGUGAAACUCAUGAAUACCUUGGAGAUCCCAACAAGAACAUCGGAGAUGCUUUCCUAUUGGUCUGGAAAUUCCCUCAAAAUGAACUCUAUGCUGAUCUUGAUGGAGAAAUUAGUUUUAGCAAGCAUUCGUAUUUGAUCAACAAUUAUGCUGAAGCUGCUUUGAUUUCCAUUCUUAAAAUAAUUUAUCGGAUGAGAAAAGAUAAAAGAGUGGUAGCUUAUUCAGAACUUCAAAAAUUAACUGAUAAAAUUCCUGAUUAUAAGGUAAAGAUGGGCUUUGGGCUUCAUACUGGAUGGUGAAUAGAAGGAGCUAUAGGCUCUUCCUAUAAAAUUGAUGCUACUUAUCUGUCUCAUCAUGUGAAUUAUGCCUCUUCACUGGAGGAAAAGACCAAAAUGUAUGGAGUACUACUAGCCAUAUCACACGAAUUCAUUGAAGCAUGCUCUUCCAAUGCUAAAUAAGUACUUCAGACAAAUUGAUGCUUACAAAGAAAAAGAUUCAAAAGACACUAAAAAGAUAUACACAAUCAACAUAGAGUCAAGCUUUCUUCUCCCAGACGAAAAUACACAGAUCCUCACUGGCAAAGAGAACUACAGAGAGAAAGUCAAUAACAGACUCGACAACUUAGUCCAGACUAAAGAUCCUAACUUCAGGAUGAUUUCUCUUAUGAAGCUAGAUCCAGAGCUCAAAAUAAUGACAAAAUAACGUUCCCAAAAAGCUAAUUUCAUAUUACAAAAAGGUAUUCGAGUUGUACUCGAAAGGAGACUGGAUUCGAGCGAAAAAUGGGUUGAACAAAAUUCUAAAAAGGUGACAAGAUGGGCCAUCAAUUUUCCUGUUAUCAAUAAUGAAACGGUACGAUUAUAUCCCUCCUAAGAAGUGGAAUGGAGUGAGGCAUAUUAAUUAACGAUAAUAU